AUGAGGCUGAAUGAGAGCCGGACAAGAUCCUUCCAGGCUCCUGUCACCAUCCAAGCAUACCCGGGCAGGCAGGUGUAUGUGUUCCCCAGGGGCUGCUCUGAUUCGGAGGAGUCCUCAGAAGACGAACUCCAUGUUACAGAGCUGCGGCUGAGGGGCAGGGAGCAGCAGCGAUGCAGCACAGCACGGGACAGAGACGGGGAUGUGGUGCUUCUGGAACGAGAGCUUAUGGAGGAUGAUAAUCUCAACAAGCUAGCCCUGCAGUAUGGUUGUCAAGUUGCAGAUAUCAAGCGUGUCAACAACUUCAUCCGGGAGCAGGACUUGUAUGCGCUGAAGUCCAUCAAGAUCCCUGUGAAGCCCCACGGGCUGCUAACGGAGAAUGGCAGUGAGCUACGGCCACUGCUGCCUGCGCCCUCUCAGACCAGCCUGAUGCUGGUGGACCUGCUGGAGCCUGAGGACACUGCGAGCAGUGUGGCUGACAGCAGACAGCUGAGUGACUACUUCAAGGGGAUUGACAAGAGCAUCCAGGAUGUGGUGCAGGCAGAGGUCCAGCUGAACACAGAGUAUUGCAUGGACACACUAGAGCGGCCGCUGCCCCAGUCAGAGAAGCAGGAGAGCAGCAGUGGUGCAGACUGUGGAAUCCAGUGGUGGAAUGCUGUUUUUAUUAUGCUCCUGAUAGGAAUUGUCCUGCCAGUAUUUUAUAUCAUCUACUUUAAAACACAAGGCCUGGUGGCCCAUACCUCCAAUGCAACACUAACCUCAAAUAUUUCAGCAGAUGGAGUGGAAGGGAAAUUACCACAAAGCUCAGUUGUAGAAAAAAAAUCCUGA